AUGUCAACUAUUUUUGAACAUAACGAGACAGCAUACGGUCAAAAUAUCCGAGGGUUUGACGCGUUUGUUCCAGACGCUUUUGGUUCGAAUCCAGCACAAAUGGAGCGAUUCUAUAACGAGAUCUAUGUAUACGAACCAAAUCCAAGAAUUCCUAUUUCACCGGCUGCUCUUGCUGGCGCCGCUGCAUAUAAGGCUGUAAGACUACAUGAUUCCCAGUCAAAUUUCUUCCUACACAAAAAUCAUACGUACGAAAUUGGUAAAAUUCGUGAAACCGCUGCUAACGAAGCGUUACAUUUGCUUCAAAUGUAUCCAAUACCAAACGUUGAUCCACAAAUUGUAGUGAUAUCAGCUGAAGCAGCUGCACAUAGGUUAUAUGACCACGAGCAUUUUUGA